CCUGAAUUGCCUUUGUAAUUAUUAUAUGUUCUUCCAUUCUCUACUUGCAUUUCAACCUUUCUUCUUCAUAGCAUCCAUGACACCAAGAUCACCGUUGAGACAGCUUCUGCAAGAGCAACAGGAGCCUUUCGAGUUGGAGGAGUACCUUUUCGAGAGAGACUAUUCGAGAAAGAGCUUUAGUAGGGGCAGUGGCAGUGGCUUUGCUUGCAGCAGUGGAAAAUUUGACAAUAUUAUGAAGUUUGGAAAGGGAUUUGUAGAGAUAAAUAAGGUGCUGAGGAAUACCUGUAAGAAGCUUGUUUCCAUCAAUAGGAAGCAGCAAACUAAGGAUUUGGGAAAAAGUGGAUGGAUUCUUAGUGUUGGCUGCAAGAGAGUUGCAGAAUCAGAGAACUUUUUGUCUCCCUGCAGCUCCCGGAAGAAGUCCAGUUCAUUUUCUAGAAAAGAUAACAAAAAGACAUCCUCUUCGAAGAGAAGACAUCAUGCUACUUCAUCAACUUCAAACACUUUUGAAGCUCCAGAGCCCUGCAACUUACAAAUACUUAAGGGUGCGGCAGGAAAAAAGGUCGUGUCUAGAAGCAUGAAAUCAAGACAUGAAAACAGGGAAGCAGGGUCUGAUUCGAUAAUCCCAGCAAGACUAAACAAUAAUCAAUUACGGAAUGGCAUUCCUCUACAGAAGAAAGUUCCAGAUGACUCCAUUCUCUCGGCCACUCUUUCGGAAUUACUUCUUUACUCCGCAGCAAUGGAGAAACCGAGUGGUAUUGAGACUGCAGAACUGCAGGAACUUGUAACAUCCAACACUACAUCUCAGCUCCUGAUAUUCAAAAGGGUAAUUCAUCAAACAAAGCAGCUUCUUUUUUACUGUGUGGGGGAGGUGGUGGAGGCCCAUUCCAAGCAUGGCAGGCACAUAGAUUCUGAAGAAGCUAGGAGGCUCAUCCAUGAGAAGGAAACCACUGGGAAAAAAGCAAACUUAUCAAAUUCACUGAACUCAGAUUACUUGCUCUCAGCAGCAGAAUGGUGGGAUUUGAAGCCGCAGAAGCAGCUUAUAGGAGCAGAGAUUGGAGCACUCAUUCUAGAGGAGAUUAUUAAUGAGGUUGUUACUGAACUAAUAGAUAAUCAGUGAUCAACAUUCUCCUGGCUUCAAUUAUACUAAGAUUCCAAUACAAGUAUUUGCAGAAAAAUGCACAUUGUUAAGUA